UUUGCUUCUAAAAAUAAAUUUAACGGUUAUAAAUUAGACAGUUAUCAUGACGACGAUACGAUGAUAACAUCAUGCCAUCCUUCUACGCUGUUGAUCUAUUGCCUAAGCUAUCUUUUCGAGGCCUAUCGCUUCAAUCGAUACAUACUUUGAAAUCUUUCCAAAAUCAACGUUGAAUAUAGAAAGGAAUAUAAGGUAUCUUGUUUCUCACGACAGUGAUCUUAGUAUAAAUAUACUUUGAAUUUCCUAAUUAAUCGAAAAACCCAAUUGUGAAAAUUAACUCAAGGAAUAUGUCAUAUAAUUGAAGUUUGGACCGACUUGCACACCACUAUGAUUCAUAGCGCACCAUCGAACUCUCGGACUAGCCUGGAGGUCGAGUGGCAGUCUGUCGAUGAUAAGGACAUUCCAGCAGCAAUUUCGAAUCCCUCCUUCCCAUUGGCAGUUAUUUAAAAGCCGUCCUUCAACCUCACCCACCGGCCAAGGAUUCAUUGGCAGUUGGAUGCCAAAUCCGAUCGACUUCGGUUCGAAAUCAUCCAAUUUUUCACUGUUUCGCGUCGAUUUAAAAUCCCUGAAACAAUCACCAAACCCUCCAGUGCUCUUCGCCAUGAAUCCUUCUCAAUAUAUCUUCUUACUCUUCGUUGGAACUUUCUGUGUCUAUGGAUUGUGGAAAACCAGUUCUCUUUCCUGGCGAACCUCCACGGUACACGCGAAAGCGUCGAUUCAGUUCGACCUCUCCAUUCCAUCGUCUUCUCCAUCCGUUUUCCGUCGAUUCUCUAACAAAACAAACAGAAAAACCAUCGGCAAAAGUCAUAAAAAGUAUCGUGGAGUCGUAUCCAAAUACAUGCUAGAGCUGUACCACCGCAGAUCAGACGUGGACAUAGUUCGAGCGUUAGAACCGAUCCAUGUGUCAGGUCCGACCAACGAAGGAGCCAGGAUUCUGGUAUUCUCGAUACCUCCGAUCGACCCAGACGAAGCUCUAGAGGUAGCAGAGUUGCUUGGCGUUGUUGGAUCCAUUCUCAGAGUGCGUUUAGAUCAUACGGACGCUUUUGGAAGCUGCAAAUCGAGGAGAGACGAUAGUUGGAGGGCUUUCAAUGUUACUUCAGCAGUGGCUGCAAGCAGUGGUAGUGCUGUCAGAUUCCGAGUAUACGGUAGAGUUGGUUAUCAUCCUUGCGGAGACGGCCCAAUCUUGUUAUUGAGCUACGCCAAAGUGAGGAAGAGGCGCUUAAGGCGUUCCAUUCAAGUAGAAGAGACGGACGAAGACGACGGUCCCCGAAGAAGACGUAAGAAUUCCUGCAGACGACGAUCUCUUUACGUAGACUUUGCACUGAUCGCGUACGACGAAUGGGUCGUUGCCCCGCCCGGGUACGAAGCCUACCAGUGCUCUGGGAAGUGCUUUUACCCGUUCGGCGAUCAUCUUAGCCCCACGAAGCAUGCGAUCGUGCAGACGUUAGUACACGGUGCUCUCCAGGCUAUCGAGGGUGGCAGCAAACCUGUUGGCAGAGCCUGCUGCGUACCGACGAGACUAGCGCCUACCAGUCUGCUUUAUCUGGAUGCCAGUGGAACUUUAACUUAUCAGUACGGCUACGAAGACAUGGUUGUUGCCGAGUGUGGCUGUCGUUAA